CCUUCUCCUUCCUUCCUGCGCACCCAGCGCCGGGCCCGCCGCCGCCCCGGGAGCCAUCGCCAUGGCAGCGUAGGCUGGCGGUGAGAGAUGGAUCGGUUCAGCGAGUGCGGGACGCAGACGGAGGCCGUGGUGGUGCUGUCCCUGGCACAGGCUGCUGUGCUUGGCCUGGUGUCUGACAAUGAGCUGCUGGGGGCCACCAUCAGCCCCGACGGGUUCUUCCCCAGGCUGGAGGGGGAAUUGCCGGACACUGCCGGGGCCGAGCCCGGGGAGCCGGAGGGUGAGGGACCGGAGGACGAGGCCUUGGAGACAGAGUCCUCCCUGGAGAAGCACGCCCGGAGGAGGAAGCGCCCGCCAGUGAGGUUGGUGCCCAAGGUCAAGAGCGAGAAGACGGAGGAGGAGGAAGAGGAGGAGGAGGAGGUGACGGUGUACGAAGUGACCGUCCCCGGGGAGGAGGAGGAAGAGGAGGAGGAGGAGGGCAAGCAGGAGCAUAGCCCCCCACCCCCUGCCCCAGACCCCAGCCCGGAGCAGGCAGUGCAGAGCAGCGCCCUGAGGAUGAUUGACCUGGGCACCUUCGGCAGGAAGCCCCGGCGGCUGCGGCACCUGCGCCGGCACACGCACCAGGAGCCGGAGGGCACCGAGCGCCGCCCCGGGGGCACCCCCCAGGCUCAGGGUGGCACGGUGGGGGCUCUGCGGACCCGGUGCCCCUUGGAGGUGGGUGCCCUAUCCCCCGGCGAGGCCGAGGCCCCCGCACCGGCAUCCCCGGAGCCGGUAAAGAGCGAGCAGGUCUCGGGCUGGCAGGAGGCGGGGGAGCUGGAGGCAGCGGGUGCCACCAGCGAGCGCAGCAAGAAGGCUCAGCUGGACCGUCUGGACAUCAACGUGCAGAUCGAUGACUCCUACCUGGUGGAGGCCGGAGACCGGCAGAAGCGCUGGCAGUGCCGCAUGUGCGAGAAGUCCUACACGUCCAAGUACAACCUGGUGACCCACAUCCUGGGCCACAACGGCAUCAAGCCCCACUCCUGCCCGCACUGCAACAAGCUCUUCAAGCAGCCCAGCCACCUGCAGACCCACCUGCUGACCCACCAGGGCACGCGGCCCCACAAGUGCGGGGUGUGCAGCAAAGCCUUCACCCAGACCAGCCACCUGAAGCGGCACAUGCUGCUGCACACCGACAUCAAGCCCUACAGCUGCCGCUUCUGCGGCCGCGGCUUCGCCUACCCCAGCGAGCUGAAGGCCCACGAGGUGAAGCACCAGAGCGACCGCUGCCACGUCUGCGUGGAGUGCGGGCUGGACUUCUCCACCCUCACCCAGCUGAAGCGGCACCUGGCCACGCACCAGGGCCCCACGCUCUACCAGUGCCUGGAGUGCAACAAGUCCUUCCACUACCGCAGCCAGCUGCAGAACCACAUGCUGAAGCACCAGGACGUCCGACCCUUCGUCUGCACGGAGUGCGGGAUGGAGUUCAGCCAGAUCCACCACCUCAAGCAGCACUCGCUUACCCACAAGGGUGUGAAGGAGUUCAAGUGCGAGGUGUGCGGGCGGGAGUUCACGCUGCAGGCCAACAUGAAGCGGCACAUGCUGAUCCACACCAGCGUCCGGCCCUACCAGUGCCACAUCUGCUUCAAGACCUUCGUGCAGAAGCAGACGCUCAAGACCCACAUGAUUGUGCACUCACCAGUGAAGCCCUUCAAAUGCAAGGUCUGCAGCAAGUCCUUCAACCGCAUGUACAACCUGCUGGGCCACAUGCACCUGCACGCCGGCAGCAAGCCCUUCAAGUGUCCCUACUGCUCCAGCAAGUUCAACCUGAAGGGCAACCUCAGCCGGCACAUGAAGGUCAAGCACGGGGUGAUGGACAUCAGCCUGGACAGCCAAGAUCCCAUGAUGGAGCUGUCUGCCGACCACACCGAGCUGGAUGGGCAGCAGGAGAUGGAUGACUUCGAGGAGGAGAACUCUUACGGCUAUGGGGGAGUGGGCAACCCCCCGGAUGAGCAUGCCCUGACCCAGCAGGCCAUGAAGGAGAUGGCGUACUACAACAUGUUGUAGCUGAGGCUGGAGGGUGCUGCCGGGGGGCUGCUGCCCUUGGCGGGGUGAAGGAGCCGCUGCCGGGGGGCUGGCACCAUCCCGGGAGGCUCCAGCCCGGCUUGGACGAGACAGGGAUGGGUGGGGGGCAGAGGCAGGAGCUGGGUGGCACAGCAAGGCAGAGCCUGGAGAGCCCCAGCUGAGCUCUCGCCAUCACCCAGCCCCUUCCCUCCUCCCAGGGAGCUCCGGUGGCUCCCCUGCCCCUUGCUCUGCCCCACGGCGGGGGGCAAGCUGGGACCCUUGCCCCUCCUGCAGCCCCCGCCAAGCUGCAGGCAGGGGAAGGUAGGUCCCAGGCUCCGAGGAGCAUUACUGAUUGUUCUACCUCCUGGUGCAGCCCGGUUCCCUGGGGGGCAGAAGCCCCCCUGCCUGCCGUGGGAGGGGGUUUGCCUUUCCCAGUGUCUCCGUCCCACCCUGGCACGGGCACAGUGGCUGCACGGGGCUGGGGGGGCACACACAGAACAGAAUAUUUUCUUACAAACUAGUGUCAAAGCUCAGCAGAUGCAGGGGGCUCCAGGUGUGGAGCAGCUGCAGCGAGCGCAGUAUUUAAAGGCCGGCAAACCCUGUUCACCUUGAGCAAAUUAUGGUAUUUUGAAAGUAAUUUAUUUUUUUCAGACGUGCCGCGUGGUUGGAUUUAUCUUUUCACUGAGUUCAGUUUCCUUCAACCAAUGUGC